UAGAGGAAGAGAGGUUUUGGGACCUCUCAAACUAGUUGUAGAUUAUAAUUCAAUGGGGUAGUUCUUUUAUCUGGAAAAACUUGAAUCUCUUUGUUUUAACAAUCCGGGUGACUUCGUACCUUCUGUUUAAAGACAAUUAAGAGAAGACAAAAAAUUUUUAGAAAAAAAAGAGACAGAAAAUGUGGACUCCUAAUAGAUAUGCUUCUUGUACAAAGAAAGGUGUGGGAAAUGGGCUGGUAGCAGUGGCUAUAGACAAGGAUAAAGGGAGCCAACAUGCUCUGAGAUGGGCAGUGGAGAAUCUUCUUUCCAGAGGCCAAACUGUUAUUCUUAUUCAUGUUGUUAACAAAGCAGCAGCAGUUACCCAUGUAGCAAGUACUGCUGUGGUUUGUGACAUAAACUUACCCCUAUCAAAUAAACACAUGGCCGAAAAGCUGUCCAAGGAUUUGUUCCUCACCUUCCAUUGUUAUUGUACUCGAAAAGACAUACAUUGCCUUGACAUCAUACUCGAAGACACGGAUAUAGUUAAAGCAUUGACAGAAUAUGUCUCUUAUGCUGCAAUUGAGAAAUUGGUUCUUGGUGCCCCAGCUCGAAGUGGAUUUAUGAGAAAAUUCAGGGCUGAUACACCAAGCUGUGUAUCAAAACUUUCACCAGACUUCUGCACUGUAUAUGUCAUUUCCAAAGGAAAGGUCUCUUCAGUACGAAAUGCCUCUCGUUCAGCCCCACACUCCUCCCCACUACUCGAUGAAAUUAAGAAACAAAAUACAGAUUCUGUUGAUAAGCCAUCCCUGCACAGUGGUAGUGUAAAAGGAGCUGACAGAAUGGUCAAGCCUCGUACUUCAGUUGACAGAGGUAGCAGGUCACCAUACCCAGGUGCAAGACCCAGCCUCAUGAAAGCGUUUGGGGAUUUCUCAGAAUCGGAUACUGAUAUAUCAUUUGUCAGCUCAGAACGACCAAGCACUGAUCGUAACUCUUCUGUGUUCUUUGAUUCAUUUGUUGAUUCUAGCCGAAAUUCACGGACAUCAAGCAGCACAGAUCAUAGCAUAGGAUCAAUGCGUUUAGGAAUCAAGUGGAGUGACCGUACUACACCACAUGAAUUCUCAUCAGUUUCACAAGAAAGUGGAAGAUCAUCAUGUUCAUCUCAGAAUCUGGAGGAAGUGGAAGCUGAGAUGAGGAGACUGAGGCUAGAAUUGAAGCAAACAAUGGACUUGUACAGCAAUGCAUGUCGAGAAGCCCUUUCAGCAAAACAACAGGUACAGGCAAUGGAGCUGAAUCGCUGCAAACAUCAAGAAGAACAAAGAUUGGAAGAGGCACGACUUGCUGAGGAAGCUGCAAUGUCUGCUGCAGAGAAAGAGAGGGUUAAGUGCCAGGAAGCCGUACAAGCAGUUGCGGCAUCUGAAUCGCUUAGAAGAUUGAAAAUAGAUGGGGAAACCCUGAGAGAAACGGUGGAAAUGAAGAAGAUGUUAGACACCCUUUCCCGGAGUAAUAUCAAAUACAGAAGAUAUAGUAUCGAGGAAAUUGAACAAGCAACAGAUGGCUUUGCCUGCUCUCGAAAGAUUGGAGAAGGAGGUUAUGGCCCCGUCUAUAAGUGUUAUCUUGAUCAUACAUCGGUUGCAGUUAAGGUUUUACGCCCAGAUGCUGCUCAAGGGAGAUUACAAUUUCUGCAAGAGAUUGAAGUACUUAGCUGCAUCCGCCAUCCCAACAUGGUACUUCUUCUAGGUGCCUGCCCAGAGUAUGGCAUUCUAGUGUACGAGUACAUGGGUAAGGGAAGCUUAGAUGACUGUAUCUUUAGGAGAGGGAACACCCCCGCCAUGUCUUGGCAACUCAGAUUCCGCAUAGCUGCAGAGAUUGCCACAGGCCUACUUUUCCUCCAUCAGACAAAGCCAGAGCCGAUUGUGCACCGUGACCUUAAGCCUGGCAACAUUUUGCUAGACCACAACUAUGUUAGCAAGAUUAGCGAUGUUGGAUUAGCCAGGCUUGUCCCUGCUGUUGCUGAGAAUGUGACACAGUUCCGCGUAACUUCAACAGCAGGAACGUUUUGCUAUAUCGAUCCGGAGUAUCAGCAAACAGGGAUGCUCGGCGUAAAAUCUGAUGUAUAUUCCUUAGGGAUCUUGCUUCUUCAACUUAUAACGGCCAAGCCACCAAUGGGAUUGGCUCACUAUGUUGAGCGAGCAAUCGAGAAGGGCACAUUUUUCACAGAGAUGCUGGACCCUGCUGUGACUGACUGGCCUGCUGAAGAAACCUUGUCCCUUGCAAAGUUGGCACUUCAAUGCGCAGAACUCAGACGGAAAGACAGGCCAGAUCUUGGCAAGGAAGUCUUGCCAGAGCUCUGUAGACUCAGAGAUAUUGCCGAAGGGAAAAUGAACCAUUUCUUUUUUGCUCAUAGUGCUGGACCCUCCCCCAACCACAGCCAAGCUUCUUCUAUUUCACAGGAGGCGAGGAGUGAUGCUUAUCAAGUUCACAAUUCAAGGAGCUCAAAGACAGAAGAAGAACAAUCAGAAAAAGAUUAAGGGAAUAAAGGAUACAGGAUUAAACUUAGGACUUGGUUUAUAUCCUCUCACAAUUAGAGCCAACAGAAGAUAUCAUUAUUAAUUCGUUCCUCAAAGCUUAGUUAAUGUGUCUGUUAUUAGGGCUUGGCAUCAAGAGCCAUCAAACUCAAGUGGCUUCUGAUUCCGCCAGCUAAAAGAAAUUUUGUUUUCUUGUAAAUAUUUUGAGAGAAAACUGCAAACAAUAAAUGUAACUAACUACAUUACUUUUGGGAAAAAGAACAAAUGUAACAUUACAAGAAUUUGAAACAGAAACCUCU